ACUGCUGAUGCGAAGUAGAAGGGAGGAUCUGUGCAGCGUUCAGGUCCAUGACGACCACCAUCUGUCCCUCUGGCAGCCCUGCAUUAUCGGCAGAUGCGAGAUCCAGAAGGCGCCAUGCCCCAUUUCCCUUUCUUUUGUCCCUGCUGUCUUUCGCGCUUGUCUUGCACGUCGUAAGCGCUUUCGUGUGGACGCCUGCAGGGCGGCCUUCGAGCGCACUGCAUGGUGAGAGGAGCAGCAUGGCAAGGAGGCGGUGGUCGCGAAGGAUGGCGGCCGAAGAGCCGGAGAAAAUGACUGUUGCUGCCGCAGGUGAGUGAGAUGAGAGAGAUGUCAUUUAUUGAGAUGAGCAUGGUGCAGGCAGGUGAAAACAUUGCUUGUACGUAUCAUAUGCGAUUCCUCUCUCUUUGUCUUCAUCAAAACAAACAGAGUCCCCAGCUGUUCCGUCCUCCGUUCCGUCUGUGACAGCGACGGCUACUGAGGCCAGCCCAUCCCCUCCCCCUGCGCCAUGCCCCAACUUUCCAAGAUGCGACGGAAAGGGGUCAGUGAGUGAUUCAUUCCAAAAGGGAGGGAGGGAGGGAGGGCACCGCAUGGCAUGGCCAGGUCGACCUGUUCGCGUCUGUGUGUGGUCAUGCCAUGCGUGUGCAGGUUGGCCCGUGGGUGCGAUGGCCAAGGCCGCAUCCAGGGCGGCAUCGGGGCUAUUCCCCUGUUCUCGUGGUGGCCCAUCAAGGUCUAUCGACCGUGUCCCUCCUUCCUUGCGGCUGGCUACCAGUACCGACGCGCCGGGCAGGUCGGUAUGCGACGCGGAUGCGUAUGUGUUGUGCAUUCUCUGUGUCGUGUGUCGUGUUGAUUUUGUGUUGUGUGCAGAGCUGGGACGAGAUUGUGUAUGGGGCGGACUCACCGGGCAACUCGUUCGUGAGGGACCAGUAAGAGUGCUGUACCUGGCAGACCACCGCCUGGAGGUGGUGGAGGUGCCACCGGGCCUUUGUAUUGUCCAUUC